UUUCAGCAAGUCAGCAGUAUGUUACCCGCCAACAAGAAGCUCUUCACUUGAUUGCACCAUGGAAAAACUGCUAAGGAGACUGGCUGAGCACAGAAAUGGACUUGUAGGACCGAAAGCCAUUGUUUUGAAAUGAAGAAUCCUGGACAGUGUUAAGCCUCAAUGCUCUGUAACCAGCACUGAGAUUUGCCCGAGCACCUCAGCAUGGCCAGCAGGCGCAAGUCAACAAUACCCUGCAUGGUCCUUGCCAGUGAACAGGAUCCAGACCUGGAGGUGGUAUCAGAUGUGGAGGAAGCGCCUCCUGUUCUAACACCUGUGGAAAACGCCAGAGCAGAGAGUCUCUCAAGCGAUGAAGACGUUCAUGAGUCUGUGGAUUCUGACAAUCAGCAACAUAAAAAAGUGGAAGGUGGCUAUGAAUGUAAAUAUUGUACUUUUCAAACUCCAGAUCUAAAUAUGUUUACUUUUCACGUGGAUUCAGAACAUCCCAAUGUUGUGCUAAAUUCCUCCUAUGUGUGUGUUGAAUGCAAUUUUCUUACCAAAAGGUAUGAUGCACUUUCUGAGCAUAAUCUGAAGUAUCAUCCGGGAGAAGAGAACUUCAAGUUGACUAUGGUGAAACGUAACAACCAGACAAUCUUUGAGCAAACCAUAAAUGAUCUGACUUUUGAUGGUAGUUUUGUGAAAGAGGAAAAUUCAGAGCAAGCAGAAUCUACGGACAUUUCUUCAUCAGGAAUAUCUAUUAGUAAAACUCCUAUCAUGAAAAUGAUGAAGAAUAAAGUGGAGAACAAACGGAUUACAGUUCAUCAUAACUCAGCUGAAGAUGUUCCCGAAGAGAAAGAGAAUGAAAUAAAACCAGAUCAUGAAGAAAUUGUAGAAAAACCAAGUUCUUCAGCCUCUGAGUCUAAUAUCAGUACUUCCAUUAUGAACAGAAUACAUUCAAAUACCGCAAGCACGGUAAUGGCCCCCGCAGCAGUCCUUCCUGGGUUAGCACAGGUCAUAACUGCCAUGUCAGCCCAGCAGAACUCCAACUUGAUUCCCAAAGUCUUAAUCCCGGUCAAUAGCAUUCCUACCUACAAUGCUGCAUUGGAUAACAACCCCCUUUUACUUAACACCUACAACAAAUUUCCCUAUCCCACAAUGUCAGAAAUUGCCGUUCUUUCUGCCCAAGCAAAAUACACAGAGGAGCAGAUCAAGAUCUGGUUCUCAGCCCAGCGUCUCAAACAUGGUGUUAGCUGGACUCCCGAGGAAGUAGAGGAGGCAAGGAGAAAACAGUUCAAUGGAGCGUUACACACUGUACCUCAGACCCUAACCGUGAUCCCCACACACAUCUCCACAGCGAAUAACGGUUUACCAUCCAUUUUACAGACGUGCCAGAUUGUAGGGCAGCCAGGUCUGGUUCUCACACAGGUAGCUGGAGCAAACACCUUACCAGUCACAGCUCCAAUCGCUUUGACAGUGGCAGGAGUCCCAAAUCAAACCAAUGUGCAGAAAAGUCAGGUACCUGCUGCUCAGCCUGUUGGAGAAGCAAAGCCGGCAGCGGCAGCAGCAGUAACAGUUCCAGCUUCGCAGCUUGUCAAACAUGAAGCCACCUUGCUAAACCCUGACUCAUUUGGCAUUCGAGCAAAAAAGACUAAAGAGCAGCUGGCAGAAUUAAAAGUCAGCUACCUUAAAAAUCAGUUUCCCCAUGAUUCAGAAAUUAUCCGACUUAUGAAAAUCACCGGCCUAACGAAAGGAGAGAUUAAAAAAUGGUUUAGUGACACCAGGUACAACCAGAGAAACUCCAAGAGUAAUCAGUACCUGCAUCUCAACAAUGAGUCCUCGGCCACCAUUAUCAUAGACUCCAGUGACGAGACCACCGAGUCGCCACCGGGUGUUGCUUCACAGCCCAAACCAGCCUGGAAUUCUCUUCCCGACUCAACACCACACAAGUUUAAAGAAAAGACUGCAGAGCAGCUUCGGGCCUUGCAGGCCAGUUUUCUCAACAGCUCCGUGCUUACAGAGGAAGAAUUAAAUAGGCUAAGAAUGCAAACCAAACUUACCAGAAGAGAAAUUGAUGUUUGGUUCACAGAGCGGAAUAAAUCGAAAGCUUUAAAGGAAGAGAAAACAGAAAUAGAUGAGGGCAAUGCCGGCAGUGCCAAAGAAGAAGCUGGAGAACCUUCUCCUGGGGAAGAAUCUGGUGCCCCUAAGCCCGCGAGCACAGGCAAGAUGUGCAAGAAAUCCCCUGAGCAGUUACACAUGCUCAAGAGCGCAUUUGUCCGAACACAGUGGCCGUCCCCAGAGGAGUAUGACAAGCUGGCCGAAGAAAGUGGGCUGGCUAGAACAGACAUCGUCAGUUGGUUUGGGGAUACCCGUUAUGCUUGGAAAAAUGGAAACUUGAAAUGGUACUACUACUACCAGAGCGCCAACUCCAGUGGCCUGAAUGGUCUAUCUUACCUUAGGAGGCGAGGGAGAGGGCGACCCAAAGGCAGGGGACGAGGUGGCCGGCCGCGUGGGCGGCCUCGGGGAGGCAAAAGAAUGAACUGGGACCGGACGCUGCCCCUAAUAAAGUUCAAAACUGGAACUGCAAUACUUAAGGAUUAUUACCUGAAGCACAAGUUUCUGAACGAACAAGACCUUGACGAACUUGUGAACAGAUCGCACAUGGGCUACGAGCAGGUCAGAGAGUGGUUUGCAGAAAGACAGCGGAGGUCCGAGUUAGGCAUGGAGUUAUUUGAAGAAAACGAGGAGGAGGAGGAGGAAGAGGAGGACGUGAUUGACGAUCAGGAAGAGGAUGAAGAAGAAACAGAUGAUAGUGACACUUGGGAGCCCCCCCGGCACGUGAAGCGGAAACUUUCCAAAUCAGAUGACUGAAAUCUGCCUAAAGCGUUGAAGGAGAAUCAGUUCUUCAACUCAAGAUGUCUGAUUUACUGUGAAUGGGCCCAAUCUUUGAUGCAACUGAAAACAUUUGGGGCAUAUACACUCUCAAACACUAGGAUUCAAUACCCAAAAGAAGUGGAACUUAAUGUAUGUUGUGCCAAAGUUAAACUACUCCAGCUGGCGGAAGUUCUGC